AUGCACCGUCCAAUCAUCCCAGUUGUUUACGGCCUUCACGACGACCAAGAAAAACUAGCGCCACCGUAUUCGUUCAUUAACGCGGCAAAAUUUGAAAACACGAAAGCGCUGGCCGACUACUUGAUCCUCCUCAACAACAACGACACGCUCUACAACGAAUAUUUCUGGUGGAAACCUUAUUUUAAAGUACACGACAGCGAAGAUGAGAAGAAAAAAAGCAUGUGUCGCUUGUGUGCUGCCCUCCACGAUGAAACGUUGCCACCGAAAAUUUAUCACAACCUCACUGAUUGGUGGGAUACGCAAUCCGCCUGUAUUUUCUCGCCUAAAAUCUUAUGA